CUCAGGCGGUGGGAUGACACCAUCUUUCCCCCGAGUGAGAUGACUGACAUCAAAGUCCGCUUCUCAGUGGAAUAUGGUGUUCCCGCCCAACCAACAACAACGACAACAACGACGACGACUAUGGCCCCGUUGACAACCUCAUCAGGAUCACCGACCCUACCAAAACUCGUACCGGAAGAAAUUAUGUAUCCAGAUUUUGGUUGGCCGAGAAGGCUUCCAGACGAUGAGCUCGAACUGACUUUAAACGAGCCUGUCAAGCAAGCCCCUGUUACCGGGUGGAUCCCCAUCACGUUCCGUGUUCCUGACGACGCCAAAUGGUUCCGCAUACGCGUCGGAGAUGUUUUGAGAGUGAAGGCCAACAGUACAACCCCUGUCAGCGAGCUUUUCUAUCAGGUGUACACCAAAGGCAAAAUGGUUAUAGCAAAUUCCUUGAAGCCAGAUAGUCCUCGGAAAGACCUCGAGUUCUCCGUCACUUUGGAACAGCGCAUGGCACCAAGCGUCCGCAUCGUGGUCUUUUAUCUGCGAGAGGACAACUCUGAGUUUGUUGUCGAUGCCUUGAGCCUCAACGUAGAUGGAAUCUUUCAGAAACCAGUGUCCGUGCAGUUCAGCAAGGACACAGUCAAGCCUGGCGAAGAUGUGGAUGUGAUUCUGCAGGCUGAGGCAGAUUCUUUGGUCUUUCUUCUGUCCAAUGACAAGAGCGUGCAACUGUUGCGAUCUGGGAACGAUAUUACGCAAGAUGUGGUGAGUGGCGAGUGGGCCGGUCUGUCGGGAAAGGGAUGAUUAAAAGUAUUAAUGCUCGUGAA